AUGCCCCCUUCCGACCAGCCAGAAAGCCUACUCUUCACUAGACUACCAACCGAACUCCGACUAGCAAUGUACAAAGCUGCCUUGGACCUCGAGACGAACGAGGCCUUCAAUCUCUUCCGAACAUGCCAGUCAAUCAACAACGAGGCGCAAGAAGUCAUCUAUGAGCGGACCGCCAACUUCACCUCCCAGGCCGACUUCUUCGCCUGGGUUGAACGCAGCUCCAGCAAAAACCUCGCCUACGUCAAGUCCCUACGCCUGACUCUGACAGACGUGGACCUCGCUCCCCUCAUGGACCCACGCGCAUUCCGCGAGCCCAGCCGGCGGGUCGCCGUCUCAACGCUCUGCCAGAACGAGCUACAGCAGCUACAGAACAGCUUCGGUCCCCUGCCCAACCUAUCAAGCCUCACGGUCACACCUCCACGACGCCAGCAGCCAGCAUUCUCAGGAGCGGUCUUCCGGCCUUUCCUCGCAUCGCUUCCACUGCUCUGUCCACGGCUGAAGAACCUCGAGCUUGCUGAUAGCGAGGAGGUGAUCAAAAGCAUACCGGCUUUGUCGACGCUGACGAACGUGACCCUAUCACGACCGAUGCCGAAGCCGAGCUUGGAGGCGAUUGACGAGCGCAGGAAGAGUUCGGGUCGUGUUGCAGCUGUGGACCUCAGCGUUCUUGUUGGGAUGAUCCAUGAAGGUCGGAGAGCUGCUUCGGCUCCUGCGCAUUCGAUGACGGCGGCGCGGUACGCCUAG